CGACGAUGGCGGAGAAGACGAACGCGAAUAUGCUCUUUGCGAACUUCAACCAAGACUUCUCCUGCAUCUCCGUCGGCACGCGGAAGGGCUACCAGAUCACGAACUGCGACCCGUUUGGACGCGUAUAUACGCAGAAUGACGGUGCUCGAGGAAUCGUCGAAAUGCUGUUCUGCACGUCCCUCAUCGCACUCGUGGGUGCGGCAGACCAGCCCCAAUCGAGCCCCCGGAAGCUGCAGAUCGUGAAUACGAAGAGGCAAUCCAUGAUCUGCGAGCUUCUCUUCCCCUCUUCCAUCCUUGCCGUCAAGCUCAACCGCAAGACCCUCGUUAUUGUCCUCGAGAACGAGAUCUACAUCUACGACAUUUCUAAUAUGCGACUACUUCAUGUGAUAGAGACGACGCCGAACCCUGAAGCGAUUGUUGCACUCUCGCCUUCCGCGGAGGCGUCCUACCUUGCCUAUCCUUCUCCGCUACCAUCUCCAUCCGCCCCUUCCACAUCCACGCCCACACCCUCGACUUCGCAAACACCAAGCUCUGGCGAUGUCCUCCUCUUCCACACCCGCACCCUUACUGUUGCGAAUGUUAUUGCGGCGCACAAGGCCCCCAUUGCGGCACUCGCCAUAAACUCGACGGGCACGCUGCUCGCGACCGCGUCCGAGAAGGGCACCGUCAUCCGCGUGUGGGGCAUCCCGAACGGGGAGCGCCUAUACCAGUUCCGCCGCGGCGCGCGCGAGGCGCGGAUAUGGUCCAUGAACUUCAAUGUCGUGGGUAGCUUGUUGGUCGCCGCCUCGGGGCACGGCACUGUGCAUGUCUUCCGGGUGGGCGGGCAGCAGGGGCAAGGGCAGGGGUCUAGCAGUGCAGGACGCGCGGCGAGCAGCCCGCCGGCGUCAAUUGACAGCCGGGAGGGCGUCCCGGCUAUGGAUGGAGGGUACGAUGCUUCGUCGCUAAGGCGGAAGAGCCUGCAGAUGACGAAGAGCAUCUCGCAUUCGGUGGGCGGAUAUUUGCCGGGGGCGCUCACGGAGAUGUGGGAGCCCCAGCGGGACUUUGCGUGGUUGAGGCUGCCUGGCGGGGGUGGGGUGAGAUGCGUGGCUGCGAUUAGUGGAACAAUGCCGCACGUCAUGGUCAUAUCCUCAGAAGGAUACUUCUACUCGUACAGCAUCGACCUCGAGAACGGCGGCGAAUGUACAUUGAUGAAACAGUACAGCUUGCUGGACACGAGUGAUGGGGACAGCGCAACGCUGGCGGAAUGAGGCGGCUAUCGCCCUGGGCAGGGGCUGCUACUCUGCGUUGCUGAUUCUGGUGGGAGGCGGUGGGCUGGGGAGAAGGGGUAUGCACUGGUUAUCAUCGCCUCGGGUGCUUUUCCUUUGUUACCCCGCAAGGUGGUGGGACACUGGUGCGAGAGGAUAUCUGACGACCGAACGAAUUGUUACGAGCAUGAUGAGAGGAAUGGGGAGGACGAGUAUGCUAGUCUACCGUAGGCAUUGGUCAAUGCAAGGACGUGGGGAUGGAACGUCAAGUCGACUGUACAUAUACGUAUUCGCUUUUGUCUCCCUAAUGCGAUUGUACCGGCUUUC